AUGUUGGCACGAAGACUGCUGCUAUUGCCAUGCUUGCAUGUGGUCCUGGUAUCCUCUGACGACAGGAUGUGCCUCAUCCAGGGAAAGGUUCGGGUAGCGAGCCAGGGCGAGGCCAGAGAAGAAGAGCCCCACGAGCCGCUCCUAAAAUCUGCGGAGCCUCCCGCGCCUUUGCAUGAGAACGCGACCGCAAUGCUGCAGACAUCGACACUGCAGGCCGAACUCAUGGUCGUCUCCCCGGAGAUUUUCGAGACGCUCUGCGUACCAGCAAUAGCACUCGGGUUAGGCGCUGUGCUGCAGCAGUACCCCCGCACUCAAUCGGCAGGCAUGCUGGUUUCCUUCUUUGGUGCCCAGACGGCCAUGAACCUCUACAUGAAACAGGUGUUCUCCAACUACAAGCUGCCAAGCGGCCUCAAAGGUAUUCCAGCACCCUUUGCCAUCACCGCCAUCCAGCAGCUGACCAGCUUCCUAGUCCUAGCUUCCGGCCUGCAUCUGUCGCGAUGUUUCGGCUACCGGGUGAACUGCCGUCCGCUGGAAAGUCGUCGUGAGGUUGGCUGCGUUCUUCUGCUGGCGCUAGCUUUCGUUGGCAACAUCGGUCUCAACAACUUGAGCCUGUCUAUCCUGGACAUUUCCGUUCACCUGAUUAUCCGCACCGCAGGCGCUUUGGUAAACCUAGCUCUGGAAUUUGUGGCGCAGCCUGUGCUGGAAAGACUCACCGGCGAGACUGCGAAAUGGCCCCAAGUGAGCUUGCGGGACUUGGCCCUCACCCUCAUAGGGACCUUCUUCGCAGGUAUGGUGAUAUGUAGCAAGCUCCAAAGCUUCUCUUCCACUUCCUCGGCUUGGACCUACUACGUGGGUAUUGGAGUGUGCUGCCUGUCCAUGAUCGCGUCCGGCAUCGAACUAAUAGUCGUGAGGACGCUCAGCACACAUCUGAAGAUGAAUGCGCUGGAGGCCAUCAUGAACAUGUCCCUGCCAGCGUCCAUUCUGUUGCUGGUGCCGGUCUUCUUCUUUCGGCACACAGUGUCCUGGCCUUCAGCGCCUCACAUGACGGAUUGGGAGGUUGUCGAGAAGGUCUGGCAGACCAGCAAGCUGGGAAUUGCCCUGGGUGUUCUUUCUGGGCUCUUUGCCACGCUGUACAAUGUCAUGCUGUACACCCUCAGCUCCAACUUUCAGGCUCACGUCAUUUCGAUGGCUGGCAACUUCAACAAGGUCGCGCUGAUGUUCCUGUCCAUCUACCUGGGCAUGGAACUCCUGCCUCAUCGGCCUUGGGGGGAGGUGAUGAUUGCUGGAAUCGCUGGGAACGGGGUUGCCUUUAUGGUGAUGGGAUUGCUCAAGGCGCAGGAGGUCAAGGAGCCGGACGCUUCCCGACCACUUGCUGACAAAGCGAGCAAGUGA